GUCGAAGACAGUCUCUCGCAACCUGAUUGCCAAGAUCAUCGAGUGAAAAGUCGCUGCAGUUUGCAAGACGGUGGUGCAAAUCUAUACCGUUGACAUAUAGUGGUUAUGCCUGUACUGAACAAAUAGACCAUUCAUGUCGACGAUUCAAAGUUUUGUGUACGGACCGCGCGCAACGCGAUUCUCGCGACGCAACCAUACUAUAUUAUGGUUUUACGUUUCCUUGUGUAUGAAAGACCGAAGGGCCUAAAGCGAUACGACUAUGACUUCACACGAUCAAAAGCAGCUUGGGGCGAUGGAAGGGGAGGUCAAAGAGAUACAAAUGGAAUUGGCGGCCAUCAAACGAGACAGAUUAGAUCUGCACAAUACAAAGCGUCAGCCAAUAUAUGAAGGAUCUGAACAUGUUAUUGAAGAUACUGUAUACAUUAACAAGGUUCAAGACAAUGAUUUUAUCAAGUAUACAGAGAUGUCUAAAUUACGUGAAGACCUUAUUAGAGCGAAGAAUGCUGCUGAUGAAGAAAGAUUCAAACGACAAAAAUAUGAGUCGAAACUAAAAGAUUUAGAAUUGAAACUUAAUAAUAUUUGUACAACCGCGUUGGUUACUACUAAAAAGGAAAGAGAACCUCGGAAAAUAACCGAUGAAGAAAUAUCAUGUCUGAAGACGCAGAUUAGAGAUGCUAAAGACGAAAUUGAAGAGAUGAGGAUCACACUCUCCGAAAAGACUGAACAAUUACAAGAUUAUAGGCUAAAGUAUCUCCAAGCACAACAACAAGUCGAAGAACUAAAAAGACAAUUAGACUUAUACGAAUUCGACAACAAGCAAGUCUCUGAUCAAAUUCAAAUUGAAAUUCAAAAAAUGAAGAUGCAGUUUCAGGAAAAAUUACACGAACUUGCACCUUUGCCUGAUCUGCUAAAAGGUUCACAAAUGCAAUUGCAAGAGGCAAAGCAGAUGCAGAGGUUGGCUGAGGACAGUACACAACAAUUAUCUAGCGAACUAAACAGAGUGAAAGAAAAGUUAGUUACUGCGGUUAACAAUUUUAAUCAAGAAAAAGCUGAAAAAUACAAAAUAUUAGAAGAAAAUACGGCAAUGAGAUUAUCCCUUGAUGAGAAACAAAAAGAAAUUUGUGACUUGACGCGACAAGUUGAUGAAUUAAAGUGCAAUGUACUAAGACUUGAAGAGAAAUUACUUCAAGAAGAAAGUAUGUACGAUGAGAAAUUAGCGGAAUGUGCAAAGCUACAAAAGGAGAUUGAAGAAUUAAAGGAAGAAAAUAAUAGAUCAUUAACACGCAGCAAAGAACGCUCCGAAUCUAUGAGGCGAUACAUGCAAACACAAAUAUCUGAAUUGGAACGUCAAUUGGUGCAGAGUAGGGCACAAACCAGAGCCAGUCAAAAGGAACGUGAUGAGAUUCGCCAGCGUAUGCAGGUUCAAAUAAAUAAUCUACACGAGAGUUUUGAGCUGGUUGAGAUUCGACUUCGCGCCCUUCAGUCACAAGUGACGUCACUGAAGAAUAGUUACACUGUUAUACUUUCCGAGGAUGACGAAGUCUCCGAACUUAACAGGAUUACCACUUGAUUUUAUUU